AUGAAUGCCAUAGUGACAAGGAGUGGGAGAAUUUUAGAUGAUGUUCCUAGAGCUAAUAAGGUUUCUAAGUCCAAUGGGAAGGAUCAAGAGGGAGUCGUUGAGUCUAGGGACAAUGAAGUGGUAGAAGAGGAGCCUCCCAUUGAUGAUGUGGGAGAUACUCCUAUACCAAAAGAGGCAACUCUUCUACCUCUCCCCUCUCCUAAACUUCCCUACCCCCAAAGAUUCAUAAGGCACAAUGCUAUUAUCCUUAACCAAAUGCCACCCAAACUCAAAGACCCGGGUAGUUUUUCUAUCCCUUGUGCUAAUAAGACGCUUGAAAUAAGCAAUGCUUUGUGUGAUUUGGGUGCUAGUGUUAGUCUAAUGCCUUAUUCGGUGUAUACCAAGCUUGAAGUUGGUGAUCUUGUCCCAACCAACAUUACAUUGCAACUUGCCGCCCGUUCGGUCAAAUACCCUAUUGGCAAGAUUGAGGAUGUACCCUUGAGAGUUGGUGGAUUUGUGAUCCCCGUCGAUUUUGUGGUCCUAGACAUAGAUGAGGACGUGCAUGUCUCUAUUAUUCAUGGUUGCCCAUUUUUGAACACGGCGGGGGCCAUUAUUGAUGUCUAG